AUAGGUGAGCGAUUUCCGUCAAAAUACAAUCUCUUGUAAAUACUCUUCAAAGGAGAUAGAAAAGUUAGUUAAAGAUGGCGGACGCGAGCAAAUGGAAAUUUCGGGGCGAAGGAAAUGCAUGUUUGGUGCUUGUAAAUUUAGAGGAAAAGAUGGUGUACAGACUUGCCAAAUCAAAAUACUGGGGUAAAGGUCAUUUGUUAACAAAUGCAGAGGAUAAAAUGGACAGGAUACAUGAAGAAUUGCAAUUAGUUGUUGAUUAUAUGAAGAACGUCAUGCAGCCAUUGCUGUCACCAUAUUUUGUUAUUCUCCCAGAACUUCGUUUGCUUGAAGGUCGACUAACACAAGAAGCUGAGUAUCAAAUAAAAACAUCAAGACCAGCUCAGAGGAAAGGAAAAGAUGUUGAGCACAGUACACUUGACCCCACAACAUUAUCGGCUUUAGUGAUGCCAGACCUGUGCUACAUCAGAGAUUCACACUUGUACCCAAAAUGUUCAUAUCCCAUACUAAGUGUAGAAAUCAAGCCAAAGAAAGCUUUUAUGCAUGUCCCGGACUCUUUGAGUGUAAAAUCAGAAGAAAAUAGUCAAGUGUGCAAAUUUUGUAUGCAUCAAAGAUUAAAG